GCGUUUGAGCUGAGCUCGUAUUAAUUUCCCACCCUGACUUUUAUUAUCCUCAUUGGCUGUACCGUGUGGGAUGGGAGUGUGAGAGGUUACCACCGGGUGAAGAUACAUCAAACACCGCGUCUUUCGCCUCAAGAGUGUGUGCCUCUCUGUGUGAGUGUGUGUGUGUGUGUGUGUGUGUGGUCCAUUGCAUGCUACCUAGUGGUGGGCGUGUUCCCGGUCCUCCCUGCCUGCAAACCGGUGCGUGUGUGUGUAUGUGUGUGCGUGGGUGUGCCUGCAUGUUUUGCACGCCGCUCCUUGCCUGAGCUUCACAGGGACGCAAGAAGAUAUGUAAUAGUGUGUGUGUGAGUGUGUAUGUGUGCAUGUGUAUGUGUGUGUAUGUGUGCGCACGUGUGAUUUUUUUUUUCCCCUCCCAGAUCCACUACAGGGCAUGUUAUUUCUUCUCAAUGCAAUGGCUUUGGCGGGUCCUUGCGGCGGUCACGAGCGGGUGAUUUCUUUCUGACUGUGCGUGAUUCAGUUCAGGCGCGUCCCCCCCCCCUCCAACACCACCACCACCACCACCACCUCUCCUCCCCUCCUUCUGCGUGGAGGUGCGGGGCCACUACUGUGUUGUUGCGGCACUGGAUGGAUUUACCUAGUAUGUUUGUAACUGAAGCCUCGGGCGGUGCAGACGCGCGGAAAGGAGGGAAAUAAGAAAAGGAGUCUCUACCUGGUUUUGCUGAUCGAUCACCUAUACUGUGGCGACAUGUCAAACUCAAACAAAAGCAAGAAGGACAAAGAAAUCCUCGCUGAAUAUGAGAGCCAAGUCAAAGAUGUGCGGGCCCAGUUGGUUGAACAGCAGAGAUGUCUGGAACAGCAAACAGAGAUGCGGGUCCAGCUGCUCCAGGACUUGCAGGACUUCUUCAGGAAGAAGGCCGAGAUUGAAACGGAAUAUUCUAGAAACCUAGAGAAGCUGGCUGAGAGGUUCAUGGCCAAAACACGCAGCACUAAAGACCAUCAGCAAUACAAAAAGGAUCAGAACCUGCUGUCUCCAGUGAACUGCUGGUACUUGCUGCUAAACCAGGUGAGGAGGGAGAGUAAGGACCAUGCCACGCUCAGUGACCUCUACCUGAACAACGUCAUCACCCGGCUCACACACAUCAGCGAGGACUCAGCCCGCCUGCUGAAGAGGAGUAAAGAAAUCACAUUUCAGCUUCAGGAGGAUCUGAUGAAGCUUCUGAAUGAGCUUUAUACCGUGAUGAAGACGUACCACAUGUACCACGCAGAGACGAUCAAUGCAGAAACCAAGCUGAGGGAGGCGGAGCGUCAGGAGGGGCGUGUCAAGGGCGUGUCUGGGACAGCCGGAGGGGUGGAGCCAGUGUUCGGCCUGCGAAUAGAAGAGCGUCACCAGAGACGCAAUGCCGCCCGCAAGAUGGAGAAGAUGAGAGAGAAGGUAUGGAAACCAAAAAGGGACAAAGAAAAAAGGGGACAGUGGGCAUCCAUUGUAGCCAUAGUCCUGGUAGAAUUCUCUGUAAUUUCCAUGUCUUCUUUCUCUGUUUCCCUUAAUCAGAGGAAGGCCAAGUACUCAGAGAAUAAACUGAAGACUCUAAAAGCCAGAAAUGAGUACCUCCUGACUCUGGAGGCGACCAACGCCUCAGUCUUCAAGUACUACAUUCAUGAUCUGCCCGAUAUUAUAGACUGUUGUGACCUAGGGUACCACUCCAGUCUGAGUCGGGCUCUGAGGACCUACCUAUCAGCUGAGCUGAGCCUGGAGGCCUCCAGGAGGGCAGGUCUGGAGGUCCUGGAGGGGGCCGUGGAGGGCCUGGACCCUGCCCGCGAUAGGCAGCGCCUCCUGGGCCUCUACCCCACUGCCUUCUGCCCCCCACCACGCUUCAGCUUCCAGGCCCACAUGGGCGACACAGUGACGCAGAUUGCUGCCCAACCACAGGUCCAGGCUGAGCUCACACUCCGCCUUACUCAGCUCCAGACCCGCCUGGCAUCUCUAAAGAUAGAGAAUGAAGAGGUUAAGAAGACCUGGGGUGCCACUCUGACCACCCUGCAGGACAUGACGGUGCUGGAUGACUUCGACGUCUCCCAGAGCUUCACUCACAGUCCGUCUUCAGAGUCGGUCAAGUCUAGCGUGUCUGACGGCUACUUGAACAAACCCAGUCUGGCCAAGAGAAGGGCAAACCAGCAGGAGACGGAGCUCUUCUAUUUCACGAAGUUUCGUGAGUAUCUGGAAGGGAGUAAUCUUAUCUCCAAACUCCAGGCCAAACAUGACAUACUGAAGAAAGCCAUAGCAGAGGGGUAUAAGGCUGACAUGCUGACCACCAGUCGCGGGCGAAAGAACUCCCAUAGCAAGCACCAGGACUCAACUAAAGCCAUACCAUUGCUUGUGGAGAGCUGCAUUCGCUUCAUCAAUCUGCAUGGUCUUCAGCAUCAAGGCAUUUUCCGGGUGUCAGGGUCACAAGUGGAGGUUAACGACAUCAAGAACUCCUUUGAGAGAGGUAAUGACCCACUGAUUGACGAGGAGAGCAACCAUGACAUCAACUCAGUGGCUGGUGUGUUGAAGCUCUACUUCAGGGGGUUGGAGAAUCCCCUGUUCCCCAAGGACAGGUUUAACGACCUCAUUUCCUGUGUUCGUAUAGAGAAUCUGUAUGACAGAGCACAAUGUAUCCGUAAGAUCCUGCUGGGUGUCCCGAGGGCGACACUUGUGGUGAUGCGCUACCUGUUCGCCUUCCUCAACCACCUGUCCCAGUACAGCGAUGAGAACAUGAUGGAUGCUGGGAACCUGGCCAUCGUGUUUGGCCCCACCCUCCUUCCCACACCCGACACCCUGGACCAGGUGGCCUGCCAGGCGCAUGUGAAUGAGGUCAUCAAAACGGUCAUCCUCCACCAUGAUAACAUCUUUCCUGACACCAAGGAGCUCCCUGGCCCCAUUUAUGAGAAGUGUAUGACUGGAGACCAGUACUGCGAGAGUCCGUUCAGCGAGCCGGGAGCGUUGGAGGAGGCCGAGCCCGAUGGCGGCACCGAGACCCAAACCAGCGAGGAGGAGGGCGAGGCCGUGGAGGCAGUGGCGAGGUUCGACUACGUGGGGCGGUCGGGCCGGGAGCUCUCCUUCAAGAAGGGAGCGUCCCUGCAGCUUUUCCAGCGAGCGUCACAUGACUGGUGGGAGGGGCGUCACAAUGGCAACCACGGCUUGGUGCCUCACCAGUACAUCGUGGUGAAGGACAGGGCUGAUGCCAUGUCAGAUACACUCAGUCAGAAAGCAGACAGCGAUGGAGGGAGCAGCAGCACGGACGACAAGAGGUCCAGGAGUGAGCUGAGCUCUCCCACUGACAUCAGACCGCCAGAGACCUAUAACAGGUCUGUCAUCCAUCGAAGGAAGCGGACGGACGGCCUAUUCCGCCGUCCCCUCGGACGCUCUAACGACAGCCACUGCCACGGUAACGGCGGUGUGUUGGAGAGGAGCUCGCCACCGGUCACAGGUCACUUCAGCCCCAGGGAGCUGCUGCUGGGACGGGGGCAGGGCUUGACUCCGCCUCUCGACAGCCCAGAGCGCCGUCGCCGCUCCGCUGCCGCCGUGACUAUGACGGUGAGCCGACACGAUUCACUGCGGAGGCCUGAGGACACGCCCAUCCGGCGCUCAAGCAGCGGUCAGCAUGGCUUCACCGACUCCCAUCGCUCCAGAGCGCUGGACCCUGACACACUGGCACAGGACAUCGAGGAGACGGUGAGUGUUGCUCUCGGGGAGCUGAGGCAGCUGGAGCGGCAGGGCUGCAGACCGGCUCCUGACGUGGUGCUGGACACGCUGGAGCAGGUGAAGAACGGCCCCAUCACAACCUGCUCCUCUGAGUCUCCCAGCCCCCACAGCACCCCCAGCACCCCGGGCACUCCUGGAACCCCCGGCACCCCUGGGACACCGGGCACCCCCGGCACCCCGAGCCCUCUCAGCCCGCUGAGCCCCAUCAGCCCCCUCCCCGGACCGCCUCCCGGACCUCCCAGGCCAGCCAACCCCUCCCCUGACACCCUGGGCUCCUUCAAGCCUGUGGCAGCUGCCCGUAUGGGGGCUCCCUUGCGCCCCCCUGCCCUGAGGCCCAAACCCAUGAUCCCGCCCAAGAGCAGCACCCCCCCUCUGCCCCCGCCGUUGGACAAAUCUUGCACCAUGUGAGCCAAACGAGGCCAAAACUAGGCCGAAUCAGGCCGACCCGGGCCAAAAAUGGGCCAGAAGAGGAGAUCAGGGUACUGCUUACUGUUUAUAAUCAACAUGAGGGUAGAAAUGGUAGGACAGACAAAAAAGGGUUUUACUGUAGUAAUAAAAUAUAAUAUAUGACAUGAUCUAUGAUAUGAUAUGCCAUGAUAUUUAUGUGUCGUCAGGUUGGUGUGUACUCUCUUGGUGUGUAGGAGUUUACUUUCUCCAUGUAUUGAAGCAUUUAUCAAAGGUUAGCUAAAAGAACUGCUGAUAGAGAGAGGAGGUACAGGAGAGAGCCGAGGCAGAGAAUCCUGUCCUGUAUAAGAGAUCUAGCUGGAAAACGUGGGGAGUGUAGUUUGGCUCCAGUAAAAUGUAGUUUCAGUGAUGUGAACGUUGGCUGUACUGUCAUAAAGAUAGGCCUGCAUUAGCUGAGGAGCCUAUCGCGAAAGGCUGCUGUAUUCUUAAUCUAUUAUGAUUGGCUGCUGUAUCUGUAAAGAGUGAAUUUGAUUGGAUAAAGCCGCUGACGGCGGAUGCUGCAGAGUGAAGGCAACGGUGGUUCACACAGUUUUUUCGGGACGGGGAGGCGGAUGUCUGUGUGACUCUUUUUAUUUGUUUUUUCUAUUUCACUUGGUUCAGCUGCUAAACUCACUAUGCCUCAAACCGAGCCUCUUGAGGUGGUCAGUGACAAAAACUCAUGAGUUAUUUAACCAAUGUCCAGCUAUUUAAUGAAUGUUUCCAGUAUUUAAUGACUGUUCAGCCAUCUACUGAAUGUUCAGUGAGCUGUUGUGAUGACAUGAACGCUCACUAAACUUUAACAGCCUUCUUGUGUUCGGAGGAGACCCAUACCCAGUCCAGAGUUUCAAACAGGGUGUGACGGUUUAGCGGUGGAGGGAGUUAGGAGCUUGGACAGAACUUCUUCUGGAACGGGGUGGGUGUAUGAUUUCCUUUCCUUUCCUGUGCGGUAUGUGUGUGUGCGUGUGAGUAUAUGCGUGUAUGUGUGCCCUGCCCCUGCCUGCCUGCCCUUGUUCUGUUUCCUUUUAAGUGCAGAGGCACUAGAAUAGUGAUAGAGGAUAGAUUAUUCAUGCCUGCCUUGAGUGCCAGAACAUGAGCAAGUUGGGGAAGUGUGUGUGUGUAUGAUAGUGUAAAAAGCAUGCCACUUAGUUGAGUGUGUGUAUGUGUGGGUGUGUGUAAAUACUGGUUUACCUGCUUGUUACACUGAAGUCACUAGUUAACCUUAAAUUCACAGUAAGCUAACAGGGUGGGGCUCUGUGUGUAAAUGCCCAAAAAACACUUGAACAGCACACUGAAUGUGGCCUCCAACUGGGCUGGUAACUGAUGUGAGUGUGAUGAGCAAUGGGAUGUGAGUUGCUGAGAUGGGCUAUGGAUGCACAUCUGUGUGUGUGUAUGUGUGUGUGUGUGUGUGUGUGUAUAUGUGAAAGUGCCUUUUUUUACCCUUGUCUUUUUUGGGGAGUUGUGAAUCCACUCACGCAUGUCCUGAACGAAGAGCAGCAGCACUCCGAAUGAAAUAAUCAUAGUGUUUAGUAGAUUACUGAAUUAUGAAUUCUAGCGUUAACCCAUUGUGACAUUGCACUUUGAUGUAUAGGAUUGUGUACUUGGCAUGUAGCAUCAUAACAUGUUGGUGCAUUUUAACUAAAAGGGAGGUUUCUUUGAAUGUGUUUGAUAAUAAAGGAAAUGGUUUUGUCCGUUAGUGUUGCUGUAUUUGAAAACUGAGCUUCCUAAAGAUGAGCUCAUAUAGCCAAAUGGAUUGUAUCGAUGUGUUGUAUUUAUAUUAUAAAUAAACCUGAAUAAAUUAGCA